CUUGAAAGAUCAUCUCCAACGAAAUUUCUGGAGACUAAAACAACUGUACGAAACGGUAGCUGUUCUGUUUCCCCGAUACAUAAAAAUCGAGGUUCCGUUCAAUGAAAUUUUGAGUUCAUUGAAGCGCUGGAGGAGGCAGUGUCUUCCACCAUGCCCAGAUACUUUGAGAUCAAUGGCGUCUCAACUGCUGCAGCCCGAGAACCGGAGACUGCUUGAAUAUGAUCUCGGGACAAUGGCGAGCUCAACGAUUUUGGACAACGAAGGGAACUUACAUUUACUAAUAUACGAUCCACAGUUUGUAACCGAAUUCGCGUUGGUCACGCACAUUUUCAUCGACGGUACCUUUCAAACGACGCCUAGACUAAGAGGUGUCUACCAACUAGUAUCGAUUGUGGGAAUCAAAUAUGAUCAUGCAAUACCAGUAUUUAAUGUCAAGAAAAACGGAAAGCAGCUAUAUUGCUGUUUUAAAUAAAGUUAAAAUCGACAUCAUCAAUAGCCAGACUAUAACGGUGGUGAUAACGGAUUAUGAGCAGGCGUUAAGGAACGCGUGCAGAAAUGCUUUUCCUCAUGCACGCAUUGCUGGAUGUAGCGUUCAUUACGACCGAGCUGUGCUUAAAAAAGUCAAAACACUGCGGUUGACACCUUUAAUUAGGCACGAUGAGGUUGCAAAAUUGUUUUUGAAAAAAAUAAUGGCUCUGGCAUAUUUACCAGCGACGAUGAUCUUGGAGCAAUAUGCAUUUUUAAAGAACAAUUUGCCAACUCCAUUGCAGAGAUCGCUUAGAAUGUUUCUACAAUAUUAUGAGCGCCAAUGGUUGGGAAAGGUCAAGCCCGCUGGCUUUAACGUUUUCCGACUAUCUCGGAGAAGGAACAAUGUUAUCGAGUCGUACAAUAGUAUUCUAAAAGCAAAAAUAGGACAACACCCGUCAGCGUGGACGUUUAUUGACCAACUCAUCAAAAUGACAUCGAAUGCUAGAGAUGACUUGGAAAGUUUAAAGGCAAAUAAACGAAUCAGCCGACACCCCCGUUACGAGACGGUCUUCAGGCGAAGACAAUUAACUAACGCGUGGAACAAGCUCGUCUCAAAUGAGAUCACGGCAACCAAUUCCUCGACCUUACUGCUGGGCUCAAAGGUCAUUUGAGCCAAACGCUGAUGCGGCUACCGGAGGAGAAUUUUGAGAGGCAGGAACAGUUGGAAGAAGGUCCUGAAUUCAUCGCACAGAUUGAGGAUCCAGAUUAUGACCCGAUACCCGUUGCUAUUGAAAACGAAAAUGAGCCGGCGUUCAAUCGUGAUCUGAAUCCAGCUGACGAGCCAAUGAUCCCCAUAGAGAUCGUAAACGACGAAAAUGAGCCGGCUUUCAAUCGCGAUCCGAACUCCGAUGAUGCAGAGAUGAUCCCCAUAGUGAUCUCAGAUGACGAAAAUGAGCCGGCGGUUAAUCGUGAUCCGAAUCCAGCUGACGAGCUUAUGAUCCCCAUAGAAAUCGUAGACGAAGAUGAGCCGGUGUUAAAUCUUGCACCAAAAUGUGUCGUGUGUUUGGAAAACAUCGUGACCCACGGAUUUGUUCCGUGCGGUCACGCCUGCAGUUGCCUGAAGUGCGCGACAAUCCUGGGCCAAAAAAUGAUUAAAAAAUGCCCUAAAUGUCGGGCGGAAUUCACGCAAUUCAUUGCGAUUUUCAAUGAAACUCCGUAAAAAGGAGUCAUUUAUUUUCUUAAUAAAGUUCUACAAAAAUU